AUGAGGCUCAAGCCCACGAGCAGCACUCUGCAGAGCCACGCACCUUGGGAGGGGUGCCCGGAUAGCGCAAAUGCCGGUGUGCAGCUAGUCUUGAGCUACAGCGCCACGCUCAACGUCGUUCAGGCCCAAGACACGGCGAGCACUUAUGGUCUGACCGGUGAUGUGGGAAAAGCACUGGAUUUCCCCCUCGAGACCCGUUCAUUGCCACCCGGCAACGGCGCAUCCGUCUCCGCUAGCGAUGACCGAGACUACCAGCGCAGGGCCCACACCACACAACAACCCUACUCAUGGUAUUAUGGUACCGAGGCGGUACGGCUGAUCAGGGUGCGAAAGUAUCUUGUUCUGGUUGGGGUAGUAGUGUGGUACAGUAUGCAGUAUGCGGGCCCACCCAGACCAGGAGGUGACUUUGGUAUUGAGAUCUGUGGGCUGGCUGUCCGCAUGGACCGCUUCGCCGGCCCGACCUCACAGGCUGCCACGCUGUCAAGCGUUGUCUGUUUGGGACGGAGGCCCCUGGAGAACAACGUCACCCUGUCCUCUCUGGGAAAAUGUCUGUGCGGGUGGGGUCUUUCAUCAGGUGGACCAACAAGUCGGCGUAUUGAAAUCCCUUAUCGUGAUCACGAAGACAAAUGA